UUAUUUUACGUACCACUUGUCAACAAAGUCUAAAUAUAAGAUCAUAUUCGGGUUCAGCGUAAAAAACUGAGUCGAGCAGACUAUACUAGAAAUUUUUAGACGGUCUUAUGGGUAGCUUUACUGAGUAAACAGUAAUGAGCCUCCACUACUGACGGUUCUAUUGACUGGGCUAUUCGUAUAAUACCAAAGAUAAAAGUAUACCCACAUAUAUUACUAAUCAUGCUAAGCCCGAAUGUUAACAGGUCGUGAUUCAGAUCUAAAGAGAGUGCUAACAGCUUAAAAGCAUCCGAUAGUUGUUUCGAACCAUUUGAGUCACAAUAUCGCUCAGUAAAGUCGCAAUGAAUUGAAAAUACCAUGGAUUAUGCCGUAAUUGAAGUAUAAAUGAAACUUUAACGAAGAGCUAUUCUUCUCAUGUUAUCGAGAAAAAUUUUCUAUAGCAAAAUAGAUAUGUGUAAAUAGUGUUUCUCGACUAGCGGUGACUGUAUACAAAAAAUCUCAAAUACGAUUAAAAAGAAUGCAGCAGUAAGAAACAUUUUUAUGAUUUUUCCACAUUAUAGUUAUAGUCAUGCAGUCAAUUCACAUAAUGUUUUCCAUUAUGACAAGUUAUGUUUGCACAGAAAGAGAAUGAGUUGAGAUAUGACGAGAUGCGAACAAAUAUUCAUAUCACAUGAAGGAAUAUUGAUACACGCAAAAAGUCAUCUUUCUUUUCUUUAUACAGACGCGUGUCAUGGUAGUUAAAAUCGCUGAAAGUGUGUUUGGAGUGACAGAAAAUCAAAAUAAAGUCAAAAAAUAUACGCUUACAUCACCGAAAGGACUUGAAGUUAGUCUGAUCGACUAUGGAGCGACUAUACAAUCAAUUCGUCAACCAGAUAGAAAUAAUACUUUAGUCGAAGUCACUCUAGGCUACGACACUCUUCAAGGCUAUAUCGAUGAUAAAGCGUAUUUUGGUUGCACAGUUGGCCGUGUUACUAAUCGAAUAAAAGAUGCCAAGUUUGAAUUAGAUGGCGUCUCUGAAAUAGGUGAGGACGGCUUCCCAGGACAAGUUGACGUAACAGUUAAAUAUCAUUUGGAUGAUGACAACUGCUUGACAAUCGAUUAUUAUGCAACAACGAGUGCACCAACACCAAUUAAUAUGACAAAUCAUACUUAUUUCAAUUUUGCAGGACAUGAUAGCGGUACAAUUUUGAACCAUAAAAUUGAAGUUAAUUCUGAUCGAUUUAUUGCCGCCGAUGAUGAAUAUAUUCCGACGGGUAGUAUUUCGUCUGUGAACAAUACGCCCUACGAUUUACGUAAAUUGACACUGAUAAGUGAAAGAGUUGGAAAGGUGUGCAAUGGACUUGCUAUUAUGUAUAUAAUGGAUGGAUCAGGACGCCGAUAUUUCGGGAAAGUUGUGCAUCCAGAAUCAGGCCGAGCUGUCUCCGUUGAAUCAUCGCAAGCUGGACUCCAGUUGUACUUUAGUACUCUACUGACAGCAGUAGAAGGACGUAACGGUGCUGUCUAUGAUAAGUACCAAGCGUUUUGUCUUGAGGCACAAAACUACACGGAUAGUGUCACCUCAGUUUCCCAGCAUUAUACUGCUUGUCAUCGAAAUAAUAUCAAUACUCAAGUUCUAUGCAGUCAUGAUCUACGUGUAGCUGAAUAUGCUGCAGAAUUGUAUUUGCAAGGAUGGGCACCAUUGCUGAUUUUCUCAGGUGGAACUGGUGUUCUUACAAAAGACUGGCUGGAAUCGGAAGCCGAUCGAUUCGCUCAGAUUGCUCGCGGUAAAGGUGUUCCAUCAUCAGCCAUAUUGAUUGAAAACAAAUCAACAAAUACGGGUGAAAAUAUUGUAUUUACGCAAGAAUUACUCAUUAAGUACAAAUUAAGUCCACAAACAUUUAUUGUCAUACAAAAACCAUAUAUGGAACGACGAAGUUAUGCAACAUUUAAACGACACUGGCCAGACAGAAAUAUUAUCGUUACAUCACCCAGAUUAUCAUUGGAAGAAUAUCCUUGUAAUGAAAUAUCAAUGGAAAACGUGAUUAAUUUUAUGGUUGGCCAUUUACAACGAAUUAAAAUUUAUCCAGAGAAAGGUUUUCAAAUCUACCAAGAAAUUCCUGUUAAUGUUUGGAAUGCAUGCAAACGACUAAUUGAAUUAGGAUUUAACAAACAUUUGAUUACUAAUUAG